UGGUUUAUUACACACACACACACACACACACACACACACACACACGCACACACACGCACACACACACACACACACACACACACACACACACACACACACACACACACACACACACACACACACACACACACACACACACACACACACACACACACACAUAGCCACAUAGACAUAUACACACUCACGUACACGUAUACAUAUUCAUACAUUCAUGCAUGCACACAUACACACACAUAUGCAUACACACACACAGUUACAUUUAGCCACAUAUACAUAUACACGCUCAUACACACACACACACUCACACACAUAUAGCCACUCAGUCACAUACGUAUACAUACACAUACACAGCCAGACAAACAUAUACAUACACGCACACACACACACACAUAGACAUAUAAACUGGCUUGUUCACCUGCAUGCUUGCUCUGUAGUUUUUGGGGUUAGUUAGCGAUAGCGGUAGCUUAGCUCAGACUGUGAUUUGGGUUGAUUGCUGCUUGUCUUUUGUCGGCUCCUGAUGGUUUUGUUGGUUUUGUGUUUUGUUUGGGGUUUUUGUUGCAGAUUUCCAGUGCUUGACGUGAGACCAGCCCCCCAAUCUCGCACUCAGAAGGCACGCCGAUUUUUCCCAGUGGCCAGCCGCGGUACUGCAACAAAAAAUCCCAUGGGGCCCAGAAAGCUUUUUUCCCAUAGACCGCAAUAGUAAAAGAGAAGCCUCUAAAACUGUUCACAGGAACCUCCAGCUGUAAUCACCGGCAAUUACAUAUCUUUGUAUUCUAUAUUUUUAAGUCAUGGACUUUAUAUCCGUCAAAAAUGUUUUAUAACGGCCAGAAAAGUCAAAGAAAAGUCUCUUUCUGGGCGUGACGUCACGGCCGUGUCCGUGCCAUUGAUGUUGCCCCCCCCCCCCCCUCGUUUGGAAGUAAACAAUACAUUUACAAUUAAUUUUAGCUCAUAAUCUGAUGAAUGAGUUUCUCCAUGAGAACAGAAAAGGUCUUUGUCAUAGUCAUGGAAACAGCUGCCCCUAAAACUGUAUAGAUGAGGUGAAGACAAUAGGAAGGGUGAGUGUGUGCUCAUCAGAGCUGGUAGAGGAGCCAAAAAUUGUACUCAAGUAAAAGUACUGUUACUUCAGAAUAAUAUGACUCAAGUAGAAGUAAAAAGUAGUCAUCCAAAUAAUUACUUGAGUAAAAGUAAAAAAGUACUUGGUGAAAAGACUACUCAAGUACUGAGUAACUGUUGAGUAACGUCUGAUUUAUUUUUUUAACACAACCAUUCAAACAGACAAAAGUACAAAAUAAUCAUCUUCAGGCAAAUUAAAUCAAUAAAAUAAUAAAAUAAAAUGAAAUUAAUAAAAAAUAGCAUAAAUUAAAAUAAUCUUAAAGUAAAUUCAAGUGCUUUAAUAAAUAAUAGAAUAAAUAAAAUAUAACAGAAUAAAAAAAAAAUUAAGCACAAGUAGCACAAAAUUUCAAGCCUUUGUACUUUUCUUUUUUAACCAGCAGAACUAGAACAAACAUGAACUCAUAGAAACUCUGUGUGUGUUUGAGUCUGUGUAAAUGUGACAAAACAUGCAAAAACAAACAUUUUUCCCAAAGAAUCACUCAGUGAUGUCAUGAGAUUGACGCGUACGUGGAUAAAAGGGAUAAAAGAAAAGUAACAGCUCAACGUAGCCUAAUGUAGCGGAGUAAGAGGAACAGUUUCUUCUUCACAAAUCUACUCAAGUAAAAGUAAAAGGUAUAGUGAUUCAAAACUACUCCUAAAAGUACAACAUUUCCCAAAACUUACUCAAGUAAAUGUAACGGAGUAAAUGUAACUCGUUACUACCCAGCUCUGGUGCUCAUUAGAUGUAACUGCAUAGAUCCUUGUGAAUUAUGAAUGUGUUUCUGAAUGGGUGAAUGUGACAUGCAGUGUAAAACCACGUUGAAUCGUCAACACGAUUAGAAAGUUUAGAAAUUAAAAAUUCCCUAUUUUCCACCAUCUAGUUGUGGUUCUUGCUUUGACCCAAUUGCCUGACCUGAAUUCAGUCAGGACAAGCUGCACCAGGAAGCACUUCAGAAAACAAUCAGACUGGGGGAUUGGAGAAAUAAAAGCCAGGAGAAGAAAACAGGACGAUGGCAAACUUAAUCAUUUUAUUGCUCAAGGUAAAGAAGCAACAAACAUUCCACCUUUGACACUUUGAUUCACAACAAGUCCAAACUGACAAUUCUUAGCAUCUGCCCCAUUUUGUCAGAAAGGAAAUAAAAUAAGGUAAUAAUUGAUCAUAUUGUGGUUGAUUAUUUACAGAAUGAAAUACUAUUUAAGGACGGGUUUACACACUCUGACAACAGUCAUAAACAUGUUUCUUCCAUUGUUGCUGCUGAUCUGCUCUCUCUCUUCAGCUCAGAUUCAAGCCUUCGAGUCUGACAAUGAACUUGGAGUAAAUUUAAGACAAACUGAGGUGACAGGAGGAGAAGCAGGAAAUGUCUCUGAGCAACAACCAACGUGUACGCAGGAUCUCCAUGCAGUGCUGAGGGAGAUGAGCGGCGUGUUGGCUGGACUGAAGGUUGAGAUGAGAUACUUGCAGCGUGAUAAUACAGAACAAGCUAAAAAGACCAGAGAAUUGGAGCAGCAGUACCAAGCACAAUCAGCUAAGGUGAAUCAACUGGAGUCACAAAAGACGGAGCUGAAGCAACAGUACCAAGGGAGGAGACCCCGGGGAAGACCCAGGACACGCUGGAGAGACUAUGUCUCUCGGCUGGCCUGGGAACGCCUCGGACUCCCCCCGGAAGAGCUGGAGGAAGUGUCUGGGGUGAGGGAAGUCUGGGCAUCCCUGCUGAGGCUGCUGCCCCCGCGACCCGAACAAGCAGCAAGGCUGAGAGAACUGGAGUCACAAAAGACGGAGCUGAAGCAACAGUACCAAGAGCAGGCAGCUGAACUGCUCACCAUUAAAGCCAGAGCAAACACAACAGAAAACCAUGUGAACACUCUGACAAGAGAAGGAGAAGAACAAGCAGCAAGGCUGAGAGAACUGGAGUCACAAAAGACGGAGCUGAAGCAACAGUACCAAGAGCAGGCAGCUGAACUGCUCACCAUUAAAGCCAGAGCAAACACAACAGAAAACCAUGUGAACACUCUGACAAGAGAAGGAGAAGUGAAACGAGUGGCUUUCUCAGCAUCUUUGGUCGUUUCUGGCUCAGAAACUAUUGGACCAUUUAACGCACACACCAACCUGAUCUUCAGAAACGUUGUUUCAAAUGUUGGAAAUGCCUAUAACCCAAACACAGGCUUUUUCACAGCCCCGGUGAGAGCAGCCUACCACUUUGAGUUCUACCUUCAUGGAAAUGGACAUCCUUCACAUGGUACUGGUGCUGCGCUGGUCAAGAAUGGAGACCAUGUUGUUCUUGCCCAUGAACGUCAGAAUUCAGGGUCUGUUAAUCCUGCUCAUGGUGUCACUUUGUUAUUAGAGGUUGGAGAUGUUGUGUUUUUGCGUCAGUGGAUAAACUCAAGGAUUUACGACGAUCCUGCUCGCUAUACUACCUUUAGUGGCCAGCUUCUUUUCACAUUGUGAGAGUUCUUCAGUUCACUGAUACUCAUGCAGUUUAUUAUCAGAAUGUAUUUUUGUAUUUCAGUUUUCUAAUUGAUGUAAACACAGUCUUCCUAUUAAAGUUUUAUCUUCAGCUGCAUCUGUUUCUGGAUUUGAAUGAAUGUGGUAACUACAGGGACCUAGUUCAAGCAGACGUACCAGCUUUAUCCUCACUCAUACCCCGGUGGAUGGUUUAUUCCAGUUACUCCAUCUGCUUAUAGGACUUGCUGCUGCUUUUAAAUCUCUACCGACUCCCCAGCUCUUCCUGUAGGCUAUAAUUCUAGGAAAGGAGCAUCAUUUUAAUCACCCCCAAUAUAUGUAUGUCUUCCUUAAAAUAGGGGAUUUAUUUAGAUCGGAUUCUCUAAGCCCAAGUGUUUUAGCAGUAGGAAAACUUUUGAGCUCUUCAUCACAUGACUUGUCUGAUUGAACUAUACACUGUAAAGGGGCGUGAUGGAUUUUUUUAUUUUUUUUUAAUGAAAGCUGAACGUGAUUGAUCACGUUUGUUCUUUUCAAUUAAUUGUGGUGGUGUAUAAAGAUAAAAUCAGGAAUAAUAAAUAAAUAAA